UUUCGAUUGCGACCCCAACCUGCCAUUUCAAUGGCGAGAACGAAGGAGACAGCAGCCUGGGCGGCGUCGGCGUUGGCCGGCAUCUGGGUGCUCACGACGGCGGCUGCACCCGUCGGUGGCUACGGAGCAAACACCCCGUACAACCACGACUUCGAUGGUCUCGAUGAAUACGCCAUCGCCGUCGGCGCGUUCUCGAUCAUCCUUUCGCUCGUUGGGCUCAUGAUGUCACUCGGCAAGGGACCAGAUGGCGAUCGUACGCUGAUUGCUGUGCGCGGCUACAACAUCACGGUCUCGCUCUUUCUGGCCCUCUCCCUCGCCCUCUGGAACGGCGCUGGCGCUGGCAUCACGACCUGGUUCGACCCCUUCA